AGUGCGUGUGUUUCCUCCCGUUCUUUAUCGAGUCCCCAAAAUAAGUAGGGGCGGACAGGGCCUGCUGGGGUUCCGCAGGCCUUCUCUCCACUUGCUGCAGGCCCCGGGCAGGAGGGAGCCUUCCCUGCCUCGUCGAUAGAGGAGCCCUGAGACCCUAGCACCAUGACACAGCUGCCGGCGGUGACCGCUCUCCUGCUCCUGCUCCCCACCCUCUGCCGUGAGUGUGACUGUGCCACAGAUGCUAAAAAUAUUACUGCUUCACCAAUACCAGCAACAGUUUCCACAACAAACACAUUUGUAUCAACUCCAAACGUAAACAACAGCGUUGCUGAACCCACAACUGGAACAUCUUCUCAUGGAGCGGCCAGUACCAGCUCAGCGGGGCUGCUGCCGGUGACCCCAUCUACAGCAGGCGGAGGUGCAGAAAGCACAACUGGUGGUCGUCCUUCACAGAAUGAAUCUGUCACCCCUGAAGAGACCAUGACAAGUUCCUCACUUUCAAGUGUUCCUCCGACUUUACAGAGCUCCCAGAACAUGACUGUGAAUCAGAGUUCAACGGAAACAACAAAAAUACCAGUUAGCACCCAACAACAAGAUCCAGCCCCUUCUGAAGCCACUGUGGUACCCUCCACACAAACAACUUCAGAGAACGUCUCACAUUCCCAAGAUAUCGAAGAUGCAAAAAAUACAAGUUCUUUUUCAACCAGUCCCUCCUAUUCCAGUAUCAUUUUGCCGGUAGUCAUAGUUCUGAUCGUUAUAACACUCUCAGUAUUUGUUCUGGUGGGUUUGUAUCAAAUGUGCUGGAAGAAAGAGCCAGGUACACCCGAAGAUGGCAGUGACCAACCACAGUCCAACAAAGAGAGUGUGAAGCUGCUCACUGUCAAGACAAUUUCUCACGAGCCUGGCGAGCACCGUGUGGCAGAGAAGAGCAAGAACUGAGCGUGUGGAGAGUCCGCCUGCCCUGGGCAAUAAAUACGCUUAAUCUUCAGCUUCUCUGCUGCAGCAGUGGGAGGAGUCUCGCAGAAUCAGCCCUGACUUCGCAGUCUGUAAAGUGACUUCAAGAUGACAUGCACUGACAGAAUCAGAAAGAACAGCAGGCUUCUCCUGUCCGCAUGAUGUCACAAAGUAUAUUACUCCACCAUGAGAGACUUUCCGGUAGAGACUUCUGGGGAUUGGGCAGCUUUGUGGACACUGAACCCCAACUGAGCUCAUGUUUGAGGUUUCCAGGACUGAGGGCUUUCUCUAUGGAAAUGAUCCCCACUUUCUUGGUGUUCAUAUAUUACCCAGUGUUUGUAUUUAUUGGCCUACACUAUGUUACAGCAGGGAAACUUCGCAAGUGCAUUAUUAAGAAUUAGGUAAAAUCAUACUGUGCCACUUUGUAUAUAUAGGUAUUUUAUUCGUGUUUUCAUGAGUUACUUCAAUAAAUAAUUGCUGAACUUACACUAAAACCAUCCUAACAUAACAGAAAUGACAGUGGUAUUAUCUUUUCUUGAUCUCAAGUACUUUUGGAUUGUUUUUUAGAACAAGAGAACACAUCAGGCUCAGAGAAGCUUGAGUCUGUGCUUCAGAUGCUAUUACGGGACAGAGAUUUGUUUUUGUUUGCUUCCAUAUUUGUAAUCACUCUGUAUGACAAAGAUAUAAGGACAUUUAAAGCUCUGGACUGCAUUCAUGGAAAAGGGGAUGGGAUGGCAGCCCCUCAUUAAUCUAUUUUGUUGAUACCAACUCUGUAGAGGUUUCAUUUCUUUUGGAAAUGUAAUGACUUCUUUCAGCAAUCACUGCUAAAACUCUGGUUUAUAUAAAACCAACAUUUCCUAAAUACAUAAUUGGGACAUUAA